AUGCAGGCUCCUGGACAAAUUUGCAUCUGGAGUGCUGAGGUUUGGGGAGAAGGUAAUGCUGGCGUCCCAUCUAAAACCGUCGCUAAUGUCACUCAUUUCCACUCCACCGACGUCUACUUAACUAUGAGGUUCUUCGAGGACUUAACGUCAAAAGAGGAUACUCUCAAUACAAUAACCGUGCAUGCUACUCUCAAACGGCACGGCAUCAUAAGGCCCUUCCGUGUGAACCCUUUUAAGGGGACAUUUAAAGAGAAACCACCCCUGUGGACUCCGACGGUCGGCGCCGACGAAGUGCUGCCACUUAACAUGGCGGCUAGGGAGAAUAUUUUAGCUGUAGAGUUAGUCUAUCCUCGACUCUGGACAGUUCUAGAGGGUGGCGUGUACGGUUAUUGGAAUUUGAAAGAAACUCAUCCGACAUUUCAAGUCUAUGGUGAGUGCUCGAAGCCCGAAAGGCUCGGAACAAAACCUAUGGAGAGGGCCUAUACCGAUCACAGUGCGUCAAUCAUGGUUACCAGCCAUGCUGGGAUGGAAGACCCCCGCGGUGUCUGUAUCACUCGAUACGACCAUGUUGUGAAAACCAAAGGGCCAGGGUGUGACCUUGAAUUUGGGCUCGGAAAGGUCCUGAGUCACACUCGAAACCAGUUUUCACUUUCACCUCACGUGGAUAGCGAAGGGAAUCACCGACUGGUGAUGACCGAAAUCGGAAAUGGAUUCACGAUUCUCGAAUUCAACGCUUCGAAUGUUGUGGAAGCAUAUUGGGAGAGACACAGAAGAUUAAAUGAGCGAGCCAUCAGUCAAUUCGAUAAACGUAUUGAACAAAAACUAAACCAGCCUCCACCUCCACCGAUCAGGCGGAAGACAUCUCUCGACAGGAAACAGAUGGAAGAGUUAGUCGGUUUAUUUCGAACGGCCAUACAGGAUCCAGGUCAAACAGAAGCUUCCAAUACUGAUAAUCAAAUCGUGAAGAGGAAGAAUAAUUGGCCGUUCUUUGAUCGUUUUGGGACAUGA